UCCUUUUUAUUGUUUCUAAACAUGAAAACCAGUUAACCAAAAAAAAGUCAUAAGUUUGGGCCCUAAAAAUAAACUCAGUAUAACUCAAAUAAUCUACGUACUGUAAUAAUAUAGGUAUUAAGCUGUGGGUUUUGCUUUCAUUAUUAUUCCCUCACUCAUUUACAAGGUGUGUGUUCAUUUACUGUGGUUGUAUCAAGAUAAGGUACAUGUACUGGACACUUUGUUAGGUACACCAUACUAGUACUGGAUUGGACCUUUUUUUCCCUUCAGAAGUGCUUUAAUUAUGGAAAGGUGCUUGAAACGUCCCUCAGAGAUUUUGGUCCAUAUUGACAUGACAGCAUCACACAGCUGUGUAGGAGAUUUGUUGGCUGCACAUCCAUAGUGGGACUCUCACUCUCUGCCGCAUCCCAAAGGUGGACUGAGAUCUUGGGGAUCAUCUCAAGUUCAAGAAACCAGUUUGAAAUUAUCUGGAUUUGUGACACAGCACGUAAUUGUGCUGCAAGAAGCCGUCAGGAGGUUAUUAUACUGCAAGCAUAAAGGGAUGGUUAACAUCCCUCAGAUAGGCUGUAGUGUUGAAGAAAUGUUAAGCUGGUGAGCCAGUGUGAAGGUGAGAGAUGCUCUUCUACCUAAAUUGAUUGUUACGAAUGUUAUCAGCUUGACGGAGUCUGGCUGACCUCAUCUAACCUCGCUGGAUAGUUUCUCUUUUUUGGACCUUCCUCUCUAAACCCCAGAGACUGUCGUGUGACAAGAUCUCAGUAGAUCAGUAGUUGAAAUACUCGGACCGUCCCAUCUGCUACCAGUAACCAUGCCACAUUUAGUCACUUAAGUCACCUUUCUUCCCCGUUCUGAUGCUCAGUUUUGAACUUUAGCAGAUCAUCUUGACCAUGUCUACAUUCAUAAAUGCACUGAGUUCCUGCCAUGUGAUCGGUUUAUUAGAUGUUUGCAAUAACAAGCAAUUGAGCAGAUGUACCUAAUGAGGUGGCUGGUGAGUGUGUAGUUUUUAAACCAUCCUAUCAUCUGUAGCAUAAUCUAUGUCUGUUUUAAUUUGCUUAUAUUUUUCUGGUGAUAUUGUCACCUGUUAUGAUUAAUUUGUGUUGGAUGUGCAAACUUUCUUUUCUUUUUUUUUCAUGGUUCUUCCACAUCUGUAUAUGCCCCACAGAUCUUACAGUACACAUGUCAUAACACAUAAACAUAGCAAGCAAGCUCGCACUUUGCAUAAAAUUAAAAAGAAGGUUUUUACAGAAUAGAAUAACAAAAGUUAUAACAAAACUCUGUUUCUGACUGCUUCAGUAUUCCUGUAGAUACUAUUAGAAUUGGUUUGCAAGUAAGUUGUGGCUCGUCUUUUUAUUUCAAUGGUAGUCUUCUGUUGAAAUUUGCUUUAUUAUUCUCUAAUUUAGAAAAGAAAUAAAACCCAAAGUGUAUUGAUUUAAAUUACUCAGACAUGUAUUUGCUCAUUUUCUCAAGUAAAACUAUUGUGGUGAUAAACCACUUCCACAUAGGAUUUGUGUCCACAACCACACAGUUAUUUUUGGACCACAGCACUCUCAGUAAGAUCCUGGAUUCAGUAUCUGAAGGUGACUGUGGUUUCACAGCUAAUCAAAACCUAAAAAAGUAGACUGUAAAAAUACCCUUGAUUUUACACAGCGACCUGGUUUUGAAUAGCCCAAUUAAGGCAAUGGGUCACAGAACAUGAAAUCAAUCUUAAGUCUAAUUCAGGGACAGGGGUCAGUCCUCAAGUGGCUUCUCAAAAUUAGACCAUAGCUGAGGCCAAAAUCAUUCAAAAUGUGCAUUCAUUAUAUUAUGGAGCGUGGGCCUUUUAACAGUAUGCAAAUUAGUUUUGUAAACUGAUCCCUGACACAAAGAGCUGUUUAUUCCAGUCUUACUCACAAGGUGGCACUCUGGACCUUUUUAAUGGAGAAGUAUAAAGUACGGCAGCUGUGUUUUCCCUCAGACACUGGUAAUCAAGCAAAAAGGCUCUGCGCUCCGUCUGGAAUUUAGAUUCUUACCCAAAAAUAUCAAGAUAGCAAGCAAUAGAAGAUGUAAAAAAUACUAUAUUAAGGAAUUAUUAAUGAAAUUCACAUUCAUUUAUUAAUCAUUUGUGGUGUGCUUUGGUGUUCAUCAAAGGAAUAUCUUCUUGGAAAGGAAUAUUUUCUUUAUUUACUUAUUUAUUUAGUUGCCUUUUUGUCACAAGUGGAGAUAACAAGUAUGAAAAUCCACACAGGUGGAUUCUGUACCUGUCAGCAGAGGAGCUACUUGUUGCCCUGUCUGACCUCAGCAGGGAGAGCGAGGCACAGGGGCCAUGUGUAAAUAGGCCUUUAGAAAGCACUGGUGUGAUGGUGAGGUUGCUGACUCAGGGGCCUCACAGUGCGCCGCCCCAGUCAGGUCUCCAUCCAGAACAGAGAGCAUGUCAGUAUCCUAGCACACAACCAAAAAUUACGCUUCCAGGUUUGGAGAAACUUGUUUUUUUGUGAGGGAACAAAAGACACAAGACGAAAGCAACGCAUUUCAGAUGCAGAGUGGCGUAGCGCUUAAUGACGAACCCAGCAGGAAGAAUAAGGAUGGCCAGACGCGGGAGCAGGACUACUCUUCUGAAAGCCAUUACAGAAUUGUUUCACCAACAUUCCAGUAUAAGAUGAGCCACCGGCGAGUGGGAAAGUGCAUCAUCAUCAAUAACAAAAACUUUGAUGAAAAGACGGGGAUGAAUGUACGCAACGGCACAGAUCGAGACGCAGGCGAGCUUUACAAGUGCUUCAAGAACCUGGGCUUUGAUGUCAUUCUUUACAACGAUCAGACAUGUGAGAAGAUGGAGCGUCUUCUCCGAGAGGCCUCGGAAGAAGACCACAGUGACAGCUCGUGUUUCGCCUGCAUCCUGCUGAGCCACGGCGAGGAAGGCAUGAUCUACGGCACAGACGGAGCCAUGCCCAUCAAAACGAUGACCUCGCUGUUCAGGGGGGACAAGUGCAAAAGCUUAGUGGGAAAGCCAAAACUCUUCUUCAUCCAGGUCAUCGAUGAGAAAGCUACUCAGGAUCACAAUGAAAUGUCAUUUCAUUUACUUCACCAGGCUUGUAGGGGUUCAGAAUUUGAUGAUGGUAUACAGACAGAUUCAGGUCCACCAAAUGAUGCCCUGGAGACAGAUGCAAAUCCAAGACAUAAGAUCCCCGUAGAGGCUGAUUUCCUCUUUGCCUACUCCACUGUACCAGGAUAUUACUCAUGGAGGAAUCCUGGGCGUGGCUCCUGGUUUGUACAGGCGCUCUGCAACGUCCUGAACGAGUUUGGAAAACAGCUGGAGAUAAUGCAGAUCCUGACACGGGUCAAUUACAUGGUGGCCACCAGCUUUGAGUCCUGGUCUGAAGACCCCCGCUUCAGUGAGAAGAAGCAGAUUCCCUGUGUGGUCUCUAUGCUGACAAAAGAACUGUAUUUCAACUGACUGCCGAUCCACCUGACUGUACUGUAAUGGUGCCACAGACUGACCGGCUGACUAACUAGACUGACUAGACUAGACUGUUUCAGGUACUGAUUAAGCAGUCAAAGCAUUCAGGGAUGAUUCAGGCCUGGCAGGACGCUUCAUAUUUCAUGCACAUAUGACAUUUUGCAUGUGGACUUGGGGCCGAAAAGCACUACAUGAGAAACAAAAACAUUACAGUGGCACACGGCGUUCAUGUGUUGAUAGUGAAACUUCUUCCUCUUCUUCACAUUCUUCCACUUCUUCAGAAUAAUGGUGUCACAUUUGAUCUGAUCUUCGUUGACAGGCGUUGUGAAAUAUCCAUGUUAUUCUACCAGCCCAGAAAAUUUGCUGCCAGGUUUUGUGGGUUUAUAGAAUCGUCUAUACGUCACACCAUUUCCAGCAUUUGCAGUAGAUGUUUGAAGGGACUGAACCCUAUGAACAUGGGCAAGCAAGGAUGGGCAAAAGUUGGCUUUUGGUAUUAUACGACUCCCAGUGGAAAGACAUCUUGUCAUUUUGACUGAUCUAAUAUGAUUUGAAAAACUAAAUUAAGCCCCUUUUAAGAUUCAUUAGGCAGUUUAUAGAAAUCUUCAGUAGGAAACUGAAAUGAGUGAUUACUAGAACUUUGAUUGCUGUAGGAGUGUUGAGGGACCUGCCUUCAUUACAGACCCUGUGCAAUGAAUUGUUAAAGAGAAAAAUGCCUUUUAAAAUGACUUAGAUCAUUUUCAGCUACCUGUAUUUUAAAGUUUCUACUGUCAAUUGUCAGAAAAAGAGACAAAAGAAAAGACAAACAGAUCAGAAACAUGUCAACCCUCUUGCCAAAGGCUUCUUGUCUCAGCCUUCCUAGCAAGUUUUAGUUUGUAGCAGAAAGCUGGUAUCCUCAGGUUCUUUAAUGUCCACGAAGUGGGUAAAUGUCAUGUUAAUUUCAUAUCCAUAGUGGUUAGGAAGAUGUGAUUGUUUGCUGUGUAAUGAUUAGUUCAGUGAGGUUUUGGGUCAAGUGCAUAGCAUAGAGUCCGCCCUAUUAAAAACAAGGACCAUUUUACCACUGUUCUCAAUGUAAUGUUGAAGGCUUCACUUCUUUAAACUCAAAUAAGUUAAUCUAUGCACCAUUAUGCAGUCAAAAAACUGUAAUGGAUUCUGCUUGUUAUCUUUAGAGUUCUUCUUCAAUAUUUUUACUAAAGAAUGAAAUAAAUGCUGUAUGAUUAUAACACUAGAUAGACAAAAGAAUGUCCAAAGCUGUGUUGUAAAUUUGUAAAUAUCAUAGUCUUAACUUGAACUCAGGUUAAGACUAUGUGCCUUAAGCACAAAUGCCAAAUCAUUUUACUGAAUACAUUUAUGUUCUCUGCUUAUACACUACACAGUAGUAAACUAUCAGUCUCAUACCAAAUCUCUUUUAUUCAUUUUUUUAAACUGUUGCUAUGCUUUCCUUAUGCAAUUAGGACAUAUAACCACCACAAGAGCUCAUGACCAAGACACCAAAGACCCUAAACUCCCCCAGUUAGGGUAUUAACUUGUCCCAGACCUGAAGUGGGCUCUGUACCAUUUAAAAGCAUGGCCUCUGACUUAGAGGGGCUGAUUCUCAUUCCCAUCACUUCACACUUGAGGGGUCGAGUGUGAAGUGAUAGGUCGCUCUACAGGUCGCUCUGCAUUCCUGCCCUUAAAGAUAGGUGGAGUAGAGCCACCACCUCUUCAUAUAGCAAGGAACCAGUUGCCCGGGGCAAAUCUCUGGGGAGAUUACAUCUCUUGGCUGGUUUGGGAACAACUUCGUGUCUCCCAGAUGAGCUGGAAGAGGUGGUGGGAUGAGGGAAGCCUGGGUUUUCUGCUUAGAAUGCUACCCCUGCAAUCUGAACUCUGAUAGGCGGCAGAGAAUGGAUGGAUGGUACAGACAAAUUUCUAAACAAUUUAAUGAAUUAAUUAAUUUGUUUCAACUUAAACAAAGUUUGUUUCUGCAGAUAAUGUGUUAUUGAGUGUUUUUAAUUACAAAGGCAGCUAUUACUGACAUUCUGAACAUACACACUCCACAUGUCCACAAUCUCGCUUUUUCUAAAAGGUUUUUACCAUAAUUCAUAUAACUGCAUGUCUCAGUACCUUAGAGGGGGAAGUUCAGCAGUUGGUUUCUUUUUUUUUUUUUUUUUUAGCUUUUUUAAUUAAAUAAAUAUAUUUUAUUAUUAUUAUUUUUUUAAUCAGGAUGGUAUUCCCCAUCCGUGUCCAUUGUACCCACAAGUGUUAAAUCUUCUCAACACAUGGAUCUGUGAUGAGCGAUGUAGUGCCUAACCUGUGCCAAAAGGAGUUUUUGCUCCACUUAUUGUGGAAUGGAGUUGAAAAAGGGGGAAAAUGUGUUUAGGGGUAAAAUUUUAAAUGCUUUCAGGUUUUAAAUGCUGUUGUCCUCAGGAAUAUAUUUGAAAAGAUUUGGGAAAAUGAAUGACUGAAUUCGUGAUUUAUUUCUUUUUUAUUUGGGGCAAUACAUUAUUUAAACAACUUCAAAAUAAAGAAAUGCUCAUGUAAACAGUUCAUUGUAUUAAACUUACACACUUUAUAAUGUAGUGAAGUCUGUAUCAUUUGUCUUGCACAUUUGUAAACAGACCCCAUUGAAAACAUUGUUUUUUGGUAGGAUGGUGCUUACAUACAUACAAACACAUCAUGAAGUCACUGGGUAUUUUUAAAUGUUUCCAUGUGUUUCACUCAGUGCUCACUUAAAAUUUGUACUUGUAUUGGUAAAAACAUUCCAGGAUCAGAAUGGAUAUUAAAGCUUUUAAAAACAUUUCUCUCAUUGUCAUCUUAAAAACAUUAAUUUAUUUUUUUAGAUCGUGAAUGUCAAACCAUAAGACCUGCAGACCAGCAGUGCCCUAGCAAAGUCUAAUCUGGCUCACUGAAUGGGUUUAUAAGCUGUGAAAAGCACAGAGAAGGAGGGGCUCAUUUUUGGAGCUUUUGUAUUUCCCGCUAGGAAGCAUGACUUAUGUUGUGAUAAUAGUUGUUCACUUUGCUCAUUUCAACCAAGCCAAAGAUCUGAAUCACCUUACUGAUAGCAUCAUGCCUGUGGCAUCCUAUAAUGAGAUUUUUACCGUAAGUCAAUCUAUGCUGGCACAUCUCUUUGAAUUAUGAAAACAGUUGGUUAAAAAGCGGAUGAACUACUAAUAUCAUAUUUUCUGUAAGACAACUCGGGUGAUUUUUUUUCUACUAUUUUCAGGUUUGCAUGU